CUGUUUUCUAAAAAAUGCUUUUAUCAAUGAGAGAAUCAAUUGAUUCUUUCUUUGUACAAUUUUUUAUUUACGUUAAUUAAGUGUCAUAUAAGUGUCGUUUGACUGUUUAAGAAAUAAGAUGACUUUAAACACUUUAACCAGAUCUUCGAGGGUUUUAUUAACAAACUUCAACCUAGGAAAUAAUCGAUGUUCUGCUAGAUGGACGAGUGAUUGUAUAAAAAUUACACCUUUGCAAAGGACUCUUCUUGCCAUAGGUUCAUCUGCUGUUGCUCUCAUUGAUCCAUUCAGGGAUGAUAUGGUUGCUGUUAGCGGGGAAGUAAUGGGACAACAAGCACUAAAACGAAUGUGGAAAAAUAUGGCUUCAGAUGAAGAAGGUUCUAAAAUAUUAGCUGACAAACCCAGAAUCAACUCAAGUCAAAUCGAUUUAAAAUAUUUGGAAUCAUUACCGGUUAAUUCUCUGGGUCAUCAAUACGUAAAAUUUUUAAAGGAUAAUAAUAUUAGCUGUGAUACUCGAAAAGAAGUUAAAUUUGUGGAUGACCCGGAAUUGGCUUAUGUUAUGCAAAGAUACAGAGAAACUCAUGAUUUGGUUCAUCUUUUAUUGCAUAUGCCAACAAAUAUGCUUGGAGAAGUAGUCGUUAAAUGGGUAGAAGCAAUCCAAUAUAAUCUUCCCAUGUGUUGGGGUGCUGCUGUUUUCGGUGCUUCUAGAUUGAAACCCAAGCAACGAGCUAAAUAUACUUCGACUCACCUUGAUUGGGCCAUACAAGCUGGGAAGCAGUCACAUUAUUUAUUAAAUAUUUAUUUCGAGAAACGUUGGAAUCAAGAUAUCGAAAAUCUACGUCAAGAACUCAACAUACCAAGUCCACCAUAAUGAACUUCGCACUUGAUCUGCUACAAUCUACGAAUUACAAGAAAAUUUAACUGUAAUAGUUAUUAAAGCUCAACAGUAAAUUUUAGUCUGUUAGCAUUUAAUCUAGACCGAUCGAGAUCGAAUGCAAAUGAUGGAAAUUUAAUCUAUGAGCAAUUCAAUCUUCAUCUAAAUUGUAUACAUUUGCGAUCUUAAUACUUACGCUGGUAUGUCAUUUUCAUCAAAUAAUGAUCUCAAUGCCGGUUUUGAGUUAAUGUUUUCAAUAUAUUGGAAAAGAAGACUUUAUUUCUUCACAGCUCCACCGUCAGAUGAAUAAAUCGAUCGAUUAAAGACUACUUUUAAUAA